ACGUCAGUGCCAAACUGUAGCCUAAAGCUCAUAGUCUAGUCAGACUGACUCAAACAAAUCACUGAUUUAAUGUGAUAAGAAUAAGAACAAAUGAGUACAAAAGGGGCAAGGCCUGACAUGGAAGCUUUUCAACAGGAACUGGCUCUGCUUAAGAUAGAGGAUGAGCCUGGAGAUGGUCCUGAUGUCAGGGAGGGGACUCUGCCCACUUUUGAUCCCACUAAAGUGCUGGAAGCAGUGGGAAAUAUGAGUGAGCUUGUAAGAACAAGAUCCGAAUCCUCAGAAAGAGGAAAUGACAAAGAGUCUUCCCAACCAGUUGGAUCUGUGAUUGUCCAGCAGCUCGCUGAGGAAAAACGUCAAGAAGAAGAAGCACCAACUGAAAAUCAGGGUAUUGCACCUAGUGGGGAGAUCGAAAAUGAAGGAGCACCUGCUGUUCAAGGGCCUGAUGUGGAAGCUUUUCAACAGGAACUGGCUCUGCUUAAGAUAGAGGAUGAGCCUGGAGAUGGUCCUGAUGUCAGGGAGGGGACUCUGCCCACUUUUGAUCCCACUAAAGUGCUGGAAGCAGGUGAUGCGCAACGAUAGGUUUACACCAAGAGAAAUGAAGACUGAAACCAAGAAUAUUAUUGUUAUGCUGGAAAUGUGA